GUUAAAAAGAACAUUAAUUAUGAUAUUAAUGGAUGUUGAAUUCCAUGAAAUUAGAGGGUAAAUUCAAAUCUAAAGGUAUUUUGGUGCCCCCUAGUGGUUAAUGCAUUGCAGACAUUCUUUAUUUUGUCCUUGCAUGCUUACCGUAGUUCAGCAGAAAAUGGUUCACACUGCUGCGGUGGUUUAUGUCAGCAGUGUUAUCACCCUGUCUAAUAAUACAUUUUGAUGUAUUUCUCAGGUAUGUGAUUUUCAUGUUUAUUUUUGUCAUUUUGUUAACAUGAAAUUGGUACAAGUUGUACGUAGUUCAGCAGAAAAUGGUUCACACUGCUGCGGUGGUUUAUGUCAGCAGUGUUAUCACCCUGUCUAAUAAUACAUUUUGAUGUAUUUCUCAGACACAAAUAUCAUUGCUGCGGAGAAUAAAAGAGAGAAAAGACAAACAGAGUCUUGUGUGCAUUGUCCAUUCAAAAUUUGUGACGGUUGUGUGGGAUGUGUUAAGGCCACAUUGGGGACAACAAUCGUUACACUGGUGCCGUGACUCUUUGGAUCCCUGAUCAGCUCGACGCAGAUCGGCCGUGGUUGCUGCUCCUCAGCUGUGUUUGAACCCUGUUUGUAUCUUCAGUGUUAUGGACAAAGACAGUAAACGCAUACACGAUACAUGACCACAGCUGAGUGAUUAUCGAUGACCUAACACAGUUUGAAUAUGGACUUUUGAGCACACUUACACUGAUUUAGUUUUUUUUCUUUACUUUUUAUAUUUUCCAAGUGGAGUGUUGUUUUAGUGUCUCAUUAUUCUCUUUUUGCAAUCUAUAAUACAUAUUCAUUCAUUACUUGUAAAUAACUGUGACUAAGAUAUGACUGAAAACGAUGACUGUGAUACUGAUAUGGACAGAACAUUCAUGGAGGCCACUGGUUUUCCCAGAGGGAGGGGUGCUUGGCUCGCUGGAGCUUCUGGGAAUGAUGUUUUCCGUGAAGGUGGCAGAAGGGGGGUGGGUCAGUCAAGGUCUCACAAUGACCACAGUGGGGGUCGUGGUUUACAUUUAACAACAGAUAAUUCUCCUGUUGGUCGUGCCACAGCUGAGUUCCCUUGUACUUCGACACCUAAUACUGAGAGGGAUGCUCUUAGCCACCUCACAGAUAUGAUGGGCCAGUUAGGUACGCAGAUUGGAGAAUCAAUCGUCUCCAGGCUGCUUUCAGCAGGCUUAGUGAAUGCAAGCAAUAACUGCCAGAGCGAUUCACUAGACCACCACACUCGACCAAAGAUGAGACCAGAACAGUCUAUGACUAUGUUGGUACCACAAGUGUCAGUACAUGUGGGGUCAGACCAUGACAUGUUUCGUGGUGACAGAUCUGACAAGUAUUGUGUUAAAGAGUGGGUUGAUCGAACCAAAGCUUGUAUAAGAAAGCAAAAAUGUCCCAUCUCAGAACAAGCUGAGGAAAUUAUGAGCAGGCUUGCAGGAAAAGCAAAAGAUGUCGUUAAAAUCAGUCUGCGUAGCGAUCAUACGCUUGAUGUAAAGCAGAAUCCUGAGCUGAUUUAUAAUAUUCUGUUACAGUAUUUCAGUGAGACCUCAUCUUGCCUACCUCUUGCCGAUUUCUAUGCUACUCUUCCCAGAGUCGGAGAGAAUCCAGUAGACUAUUGGAUUCGGAUCAACAAGGCUGCUGAUCUGGCAAAUGAUGGCCUUCAUAGACAAGGAAAGCAGCUGGCUGAUAUGAGUGAUGAGGUAACACGGAUGUUCAUCAAGCACUGUCCAGACCCAGGUUUGACUAGUGUAUUCAAAUGUAAGCCUAUUCAUGAGUGGAGAGCUAAAGACAUACAGAGCAGAAUUGAUGACUAUCAAAGAGAAUACAUGGGUCGUGCUGGUGCGUAUGUAAAGAGCCACACUUCAGCUGUGCUUAAUAAGGAACAUACUGAGCAUAAUCACCUCAUCAGCUUUUCGCAGUCUGCUAUUCAGGAUGCAUCAAGUUUCCCAUUGGCACAAAAUACAUUUAAGCAGCCAGAACUCUCAGCAGAGCCCAGUACUGUUCAAUGUCGGUCAUGUUCUGCUCCAAACCUGCCUGUAGUCCAAACCAUGACACAGAAUACACAGCAGCCUGAAAGUCAAGUGCUUUCACGUAUGAUGGAGAUGUUAGAGCAGUUGAUGGAUAGAGUUCAGUCACGUAAUGUUCCCACUCACAGAGGCAACUCAAGGUUGCAGCGACGUUAUGCCAGAAAUACGUGUCGUGUGUGUGUCAUGACAACAAGCACAGCACGGUGA